AUGGCCGGAGACAGUUCUGUCGACGAAUCCCAGCUUAAGGGCUUGUCCAAAUAUUUCAACAGCCAAACAAACAGGGGCAGAGCUAACACUGCCAAAGCAACUUAUGCAGUCAUGGGCGCAGUGAUCCUAUACUUCACCCUUAAACCUAAGUCGAAGAAGUAA